AUGCCUCAGACUCCUUUAGUAUCAUCAGAAACUAAUUUGGAGGCACCUCAAAUUAAACCCAAAAGGAGGAAACUUGUCCCAAAGGCAGAUAAUAGUAAGGAUGUGCAUGCUGUAAAAAUUAUGAAGGCAGCUACAAGAUUUUUCGAAAAACAUGAAACAUAUUCUAAAUCUGAAGCAAAUCUUGUUGAUAAUUUCAUGGUUACACAGGAAACAAAACAGGAGGAAAUUGAACAUUUUAGAGAUGAGUUGGGUCACACAAAUCCCACUGGAUUUACUUGGUUACUAGUGCCUGGACCUUUACCGGAAGCAAACUUGUUGUCAAGCAUUGAAACUAUUUUGUUUUCGGAAAGCUACAUGAAUGUGUCAGACAAAGAAGAGUUUUUCCUGAAGGAAUGUAGGGUGACACAGUCACUUAGACGCAGUGUUCAUGAUAUGACAAAUGGGCAGGCAGACAACCAAAAUUGGCUGAUAGCAAGAAAAUAUAGACUGACAAGCAGCAAAUUUGGUCCAGUCAUUGCUGCAUAUAAUAGAGGCAAAUAUCCAAAGUAUAUCUUUACAAAUUUACUCGAGGGGUAUGACCUAAAUGGUGUUCAAGCUAUCCAGUUGGGCAGGGAAAACAAAAGAUGCGCCUAA